AUGCUGAUUCACAGUGUACAUAAUGUUCUUUUCUUUCGUUCUCUGAUCACAAAAAUACCUUGCAAUGAAAAACGGAAAGAAAGAUACAUUUUCAUUUCAGAGCCCACCUACUUUGUCCGAAUCCCCACUCCGAAGCGUCUUGUUCUGGAGGCCGGAGAGACUGCCGAAGUGUUCUGCGAAGCCGUCGCCGAUCCUCGUCUUCCCAUCAAAUAUCAGUGGACAAUCAAUGGGAAAGUGCUCACCGAGUCGCAGUAUUAUGAGUAGGGAUUGAAAUGAAAAUGCAGAAAAAGAAGACAAGAGAAUUUCAGAAUCCUGCCGGACCGUCUCCGUUUCCGAUCCAUUCGAGGACGGCACUCCGGGAUCAUCGACUGCGCGGCCAUCACCGACGUCGACGUGAAACUGGCCUCGAUGCAGUUGAUCGUGAAGGACGUGCCCGCCCAUCCGGUGGUCGAAGCCGCGCAAUGCUCGGAACGGAAGGCGACGAUCAAAUGGGUUCCCGCUUCGGAUCACGGAGAUUCUAUCAAAAAGUAUAUUGUGGAAAUGUUCACAGAUUUCAAAAAGGUCUGUUAGUUGUGCACUGAUUGAUUGAAUGCUCGAUUUCAGAACGAAUGGGAAGUGAUAAACGAGGAAGUGAACGUGAAUAAAGAGCACUUUGAAGUGGAUAUCACUCUGACUCCGUGGGUGAAUUACACGUUCCGAGUGGUGGCAGUCAAUUCUCACGGAAGAUCGGACAUGAAAAUAGACGGACAGCCGAAGGAGGACUGGCUGACCUGCCAGACCCGUCCGUCCUUCCCGUACACCAAUCCGACUGCAGUGAAAGGAGAGGGAACCGAACCGGACAACCUGGUCAUUUCCUGGAAACCAAUGGACAGAUACUAUUGGAAUGCGCCGAACAUGCAAUAUCUCGUGAGGUACAAACUGGAUGAGCCCGUUCAUGGAUGGACUGAGUUCCUGGUCGAAGACUCUUUGGCGGUAAGCGAUCUGUUAAAGUAGCCGAUGAAUUGAAGAGUUUUCAGAAUUAUACAAUAGUUCGAGAUCAACCAACGUUCCGGAAGUAUCUGAUACAAGUGCAAGCGGUCAAUUCAGUGGGACCAAGUAUUGUGGAGCCUGAGAUUCAGCACGGAUGGUCCGGAGAAGACGUGCCGGAUGAGCCUCCUCGUGACUUCAGAAUAGAUACUCAAAUAAACUUCACCACGAUAAAUUUCACGUGGAAUGCAGUGGAUGCGAACACGGUGAACGGACACUUUAUGGGAUACGAAAUCGAAUAUUGGAAGGCUGAAAACACAAUAAGGAAAUAUUCCAUCAAGAUUCCAGCCAAUUCCACAUACAAAGUCAUCUUCAAUAGUUAAUUGGGAAGCCACGUCAUCCAUACUUUCAGAUAAUCAACUCUUUCCACGCAGUCACCAACUACAGUGCUCACAUCCGAACGCGAAACAAACGAUUGCGGAGUGCUCCGAGUGAUCCUGUCUCGUUUGCCAUGCCAGAAGGACGUAAGUGCCCCGAAGAUCCCUUCAUUGCACUCCUGAUUCUGCUGUUCAGCUCCCGGAAAAGUGCAUAAUCUGAGGGUGUACUCAGUCGGAUCCACGGCCAUUUUGCUCCAAUGGGAUCCCCCGCUGCAGCCGAACGGCCGAAUUCGCGGUUAUUUCAUCUCGUUUCAAAACGAAAAAAGUGAGUCCGAUUUCCUGAGAAUGAAGCCUUAUUUUCUGUGAAGAGCUCUAAGAUUACGAGUUCAUAGUUUGAGAUUGAAAAUAGAGUUCUUGGUCUUUCGAUCUCCGUGCUCCACUUCCUCUUCCAAUCGUCUUCCAACUGAAUGAAUUCAGAUGAGACCGAAGAGACAUAUGUCAUCCACCGACAAAGACAUUAUUUGCACGAAAAAAGUGAGCCGGACACUGGAUACAAAGUCUCUGUUUGGGCGGAAACUCGGGCGGGAGAGGGUCCGAUCACACUGAGACCGGUGAGGACGUGGCCGGCCAGAAGUGAGUGACUCUCCGAAGGCAUAUCAAAUGAAAUGAUACUAUUUCAGUCCCCGAUGCACCACUCUUUCGGAUCAAAAACAUUUCCUUGGAGCAGUUCGUCGUCGAAUGGCUUCCGAACAACCACAGUGUGUGGAAGAUGCCGGGAGCAGCGUUAUUUGUGAAUUACACUGCGGAAGGGUCGAAUACGUGGCACCAAUCGGAGAUAAUCUAUCUGCCGAACACCGAGAUUCUCCUCAGAAGUCUGUCUCUCUUCACUUUCACUGAUAAACUUUGAAUGUUGCAGACUUGAAAGAAGACCAGAAGUAUUUCAUCCAAGGGAUCGCCAAAGAUGGUCCCCGUCAGAGCGAAUCUAUCUUCCUGCCCAUCAAAACUCUCAACCGGGACUACGCGAAUCGGCUGAAAGAGGAUUCGUUGCGCAGCGCCGCGUGGUUCAUCGCAGUGCUCGGCGUGCUCGGCAUCGGACUCUUUACCAUUUGCCUCACUUUCUGCUGCGGAAACAAGAACAGACAAGAGAAAUUCGCCGUGCGCAGGAAGGUGAGCCAUUUUUGCACUUUACGGAAAAAACGCUUUGCAACGAAAGUUUUGAUGCGGAACGCACUUUUAAUCGAGAAAUCAGUUCCGGAAUCGGAGAAUCAUCGAUCACUUUCUUUUGCAGGAAAUCGAAAUCAGCCAUCAGCAGGAUAACGAAGAAGAAAAACAGUUUCUCGAGUACCAGUACGGGUUCAAAAACUGA